GGGUACCCGAACCUAGCUAAACGUUGGUCUUUGCAAAACCGUCCACUGUUUGGAGGUAAACGAAAAGGAAGAAAGAGAGGUAACGUUAGCUAACAAGCUAGCUUGCCAUGUUGUUACUGGAAAAAUGAAAGUCCAGCGUCUAUGGCCUAUGACUGUACCAUUCAGCUGGAGAGAUGUACCCCCCAUCCAGAAAGGACUUCAUCGCUCUGACCCUCAGUGACCAACACAGCCGCAGCUACAACAACGGAAAGCACCGCCGCCAGUCCUGCUGGAGGAAGUGGAAGCAGCUGUCUCGGCUGCAGCGCAGUCUCAUCCUCUUCCUGCUGGCUCUGCUGCUGAUAUGUGGACUGCUCUUCUACCCCAGCUUCUCAGAGCAAUGGAGAGUCGUGUCGGACAGGGCUGUAAGGGAGGACUGGGAUGGAGACUGGGAAAGAGGCCUGAAACCUGUCCCUCCAGGGGUCAACCCUGUGGCUGGCCCAGCCAUCGGCCAAGCUGGAGGUGCGGCUGUGGGCCUGGCGGGUGUAGCGGUCGGUCCAGAGCUGGGUCCAGCAGUGGGUCCAGGACUCAUACCAGAGGUCAUCCCAAAAGUCCCCUCUCUACCCAAACCCCUAGCCAAGAAGAGACCAUUCCCAAACAAGAGAGGACCUCCAAGCCUGCAGAAGGAGUGGAAUGUAUCAGAUUCACUGGUAAAACCAGUGGAGAAAGCUGAAGAGGAAGAGCAGGGAGAGAAGCCACUUGUCAGCUGGCGACGGGCCAUGAUCGAGGCGGACCAGGCUACAGAACCCCCACCCUCUGCCCAUGAGAAGGAUGCAGCUGUGCCCGCUGUACCAGUCAACCCUGAGGACGCUGCCCCACUGGCACCAAUUUCAGUGAAGCCUGUGGACAGGCUGGAAACAGUGCGAGAGGCCUUUAGGCAUGCAUGGAAGGGCUAUAAGGAGUUUGCCUGGGGUCAUGAUGAACUCAAGCCCGUUUCUAAGUCCUACGGCGAGUGGUUUGGCCUGGGGCUGACUAUCAUUGAUGCUCUGGACACCAUGUGGAUCCUGGGACUGAAAGAAGAGUUUGAGGAGGCGAGGAAGUGGGUGGAGACUGAGUUGUCGUUCUCUAAGAAUGUGGAUGUGAACCUGUUUGAGAGCACCAUACGGAUUGUGGGAGGCCUGCUGAGCACCUACCACCUGACUGGGGAUGAGAUGUUCCUGGAGAAGGCUAAAGAUAUUGGGUUGAGGUUGAUGCCUGCCUUCAAAACCCCCUCCAAGAUCCCCUUCUCUGAUGUGAACAUUGGGAAGCACACAGCCCACCCACCUCGCUGGACAUCCGACAGCACCCUGGCCGAGGUCACCAGUGUCCAGCUGGAGUUCAGAGAGCUCAGCCGCCUUACCCAAGAUCCGCAGUACCAGGAGGUGGUGAAUGAGGUGAUGAGGCUGGUCCAUAAGCUGCCAGGAAAACAUGACGGCCUGGUGCCCAUGUUCAUCAACACCAACAGCGGCCAGUUCACCCACAAAGGAGUGUUCACCCUGGGGGCCCGGGCAGACAGCUACUACGAGUACCUGCUCAAACAGUGGAUCCAGGGAGGCAAGACUGAACCAGAUCUUUUGGAGGACUACCUGGAGGCGGUGGAGGGGGUAAAGAAGCACCUCCUGAGAACCACGGGCCCCAGCAGGCUGACCUUCGUAGGGGAGCUCAACCAUAACCGCUUCAACCCUAAAAUGGACCACCUGGUGUGUUUCCUGCCUGGCACUCUGGCGCUGGGUGCCCACAAUGGGCUGCCAGAGGACCACAUGGAGCUAGCCCUGCAGCUGAUGGAGACGUGCCACCAGAUGUACGUCCAGAUGGAGACGGGCCUGAGCCCCGAGAUCGCCCAUUUCAACCUGCAGCCUUACGAGGGGCGAGACAUCGACGUCAAGCCUUCAGACAGACACAACCUCCUGAGACCAGAGACAGUGGAGAGUCUGUUCUACCUGUACAGAUUCACUAAGGAAACUAAAUACAGAGACUGGGGCUGGGACAUUCUAGAGAGCUUCAACAGAUACACCAGGGUGCCAAGCGGAGGCUAUACCUCCAUCAGUAACGUGCGUGACCCCGUGAACCCUGGUCCCAGGGACAAGAUGGAGAGCUUCUUCCUGGGGGAGACGCUCAAGUACUUAUAUCUGUUGUUCUCAGAUGACCUGGAGCUGCUUAGCCUAGACAAGUAUGUGUUCAACACCGAGGCCCACCCACUACCCAUCUGGCAAUCUCCUCCGGUCUGAGACAGGAAGUGAUGUCAUAGAGGAGCAGCUUACCACCAAGAUCCCGGUUUGAACCUCCUUUCUAGGGUUUAGAAUCCAAACAGCUGCCUUCUUCUCAAGGGGUCCAGCUUGACUCACUGUGGUGUGCCGGUGCAUAGUCAAAGACAGACUAGUCAAUAGGUUUUCAAGUGGAGGAGUUUGGGUUUAUCCUGGGAUCGGGGCGAUGCCAUAGAACUGGUCUCUGUUGUACAAAGCUUUUGUAAUUUGAAAAGCUGGAUGGCUUGCUGUUCAGUUCAAAUGAAACAAGACGACAGGCCUACACAAUUAGCUUAAAAUUAACUAGGUUUAUUGCAGAGGUGGGAUGACUGGGAGAUAAAUUAGACUAAGCUUCCCCAGGUGCCUGUUCGAUUAUUUUCUAACACUGGACAAACAGUAAUAUCAUCCUCUCCCUUCCCCUCCCUGACGGGCUGACAAAGGAUAUGCAAUAUGGUGGAAAUACCUAAAGUUGGUCAUGGUUUUGCACAGAUUUUUCCUAAUAAUUUAUGUUCAAGCAUGGGUCACCUUGAAGAAGUGAAUACUGAAUUAAUCGGUUGGCAUGUUGAGAGCCUAUAAUGGUAGAGGAAACACUCCUAUCCCAUUGCUCUUUCACAAGUCCCUCUCCUUGAUAGGCAUUACCACAGAAAUAGAAUGACAAGAAUGGGCGUCUCCAUUCAAGUCAAUGAUGCCGUAAUGGGUGGACCUUGCGGGCAUUUUUGUGUGUUCGUUCUAUUUCUAUUGGCAUUACACCACUAGUCACUGUGGAGGACCAGUUGAAGUAGCCUUCAGUACGCAACUGUGAAGCUCUUGUGAUGAAGAAUGCUUUGCACAUCCAUGUAAGAAAGGAAAGAUUUACUGUCUUUCAUUUGUAUGUUUAAGUGAUGUGGGAGUAGAUUUGAGUAGUGAUGUGUGCAGGUGAUUCUUUGUGCUAUAGCCUAAUGGAUAAAAAACAACACUGAUGGCCUGUGAAUGAAAUGUCCUUGAUCAUUGUUACACUUGGGACCACAGCUUACAAUGACAGCUAUUUAUUUUGUACUUUUACGGUGAAUGUGUCCUUUUCUUGUUGAUAUUUGGGUUUUUUAUGUGUUUUUCGUGAGCACUUAUGAGAAGUCUAACCGUCCCAUAUCAUGGGAUUGUAUGAAGGGUAAUUGAGAGUGUAAUGUCUUCUAGGCAAUGAAGUAACGGACAGUUUGGAUAAUGUGAUUUAUCCAAUGCAGACAUAAUUUGUGUAGCUAAAUAACUCAAUAUUGCUACGUGAUGAGAAUUUCAUACAUAUUUUACUUGGGCCAAUAUGUCUGUAUCCGUCUCAUCAUGAGGGAGUUAAGGUUUAUGCAAUCGACUUGUAGGCUAGUCUCUCGUGACUGAACUGUGAGAUUUGGGUUCUGGGUUCCGAGAUGAAUCUACACGCCACUGCCUAAUUAAAGUGAUGUGCUGCCACAGAGCAUUCUCAUGUUUAGAUGUUUCGGUUCUGUGUAGAAUAAUUUCUUGUUGCUUGAAUUAAAUCUACAAACCCAGA